CACGGGAAAGAGAAGCAGGUUCAAUAAGUCUGUUCUUCUUCAUGGCUAGCAGAUCAAACCAAACAGAAAAAUAUAAGCUUUCAAUGACAGAAAGGGAAGUGGAAAAAGGAGAUUCAUAGUGCGGGUGACAACAAGGGUCCGAGCGAUUGAACAAUUUCAGGAAGAAAGGAAAAAUCAAGCAGCUCAACGCCAACUCACAGUUUCUUUGCUCACUUUCCUGUACGAAAUUGAGGAAGUGAAAGCCAAUUCACAAUUAUCUUGGAAGUUGACAUUCUGUUCUGAAAAAAAAGAAAAAAUGAAGUGUUUCUGUUACCUCAAGGAUAGAACUAAAGCUAGAGAACAAAGGCCAGCCCCAAUAUUGAAAGUGGAGAGCAAAUCUGAUCUAUCAGCUGGUGAGAGGGUGAGUCAGUCCACAUGUUCAACAACAUCUGCCCGUAGUAUCCCGGAAUUGUAUGAAGAGAAGGGUCAAAACUUGCGUGUUUUCUCCUUCUCGGAGCUUAAACAGGCAACAAAUGGUUUCAGUAGGCUACUUAAGAUUGGGGAAGGUGGAUUUGGGAGCGUGUAUAGAGGUUCAAUUAAGCCUGCUGAUGGAAAAGGGGACCCUACGGUAGUUGCCAUUAAAAUGCUCAAUAGAGAUGGCCUUCAGAUUUUAAGAAGUUGGAAAAUGGAAGCCCAACCAAUGCCAUGUGAAGGGCAUAAACAAUGGGUGGCAGAAGUACAAUUUCUUGGGGUCGUAGAGCACCCAAAUCUUGUCAAACUUAUUGGAUAUUGUGCUAUGGAUGGAGAAAGAGGCAUCCAACGGCUACUUGUGUAUGAGUUUAUGCCCAACAAUAGCUUGGAAGAUCAUCUUCUGAACAGGGCUUUCCCUGCUCUUCCUUGGAAGACAAGAUUACAAAUACUACUUGGAGCUGCUCAAGGAUUGGUUUAUUUACACGAGGAAUUAGAAGUCCAGGUCAUAUAUCGAGAUUUUAAGUCAUCGAAUGUGCUAUUGGAUGAGGACUUCAAACCAAAGCUUUCAGACUUUGGGCUUGCCCGAGAGGGGCCGACUGCUGGGCACACUCAUGUUUCAACAGCUGCUGUGGGGACCUUUGGGUAUGCCGCUCCAGAUUACAUUCAAACAGGACAUCUAACAACUAAAAGCGAUGUGUGGAGUUUCGGUGUGGUUCUAUAUGAGAUCCUAACAGGCAGGCGAUCACUGGAAAGAAACCGACCCAAAUCAGAGCAGAAACUUCUGGACUGGGUGAAACAGUUCCCUGUUGAUAGUAAGAAAUUUAGCAUGAUUAUGGACCCGAGACUCAAAAACCAGUAUUCUCUUAAUGCAGCCAGGAAAAUUGCCAAGUUAGCAGAUAGUUGUUUGUCGAAGAAUCCAAAGGAUAGGCCUAUGAUGAGUCAGGUGGUGGAGAGUUUGAAGCAGAUAAUUGAAGUUUCAGAUGAAGAAGAGCUGUCUGAUAGAAGUUCAAAGGGCAAUGAAAAUGACCAAGUUGACUCGGACAAGAAGACAAGCCAAACAGGGCCCUCUGAAUCUGCAAAAAAGCGGAUAGCACACUUGGCUAAACUGAGUGAGCAAGUUGGAGGAAUUAGCCGAAGGAAGUUUAUGAUCAUGCAGAGAAGAACCAAGGUGACUUAGUAAAUGUUAAUUUGGUGGAAAACUGGAUUUUGUUCCUUGAUCUAAGACAAUAGUGUCAAGACCCAGGGGUAUAGUAUUAAUAGAUAAUAGAUGUAUUCCUUCCUUUGUAUCUGCUAUUAGUUUGAAUUGAACCAGUUGUACUUAGAAGUAAUUCGCAGUUAUAGCUAGAAGGCAGCAGCCUUCAGUUGUAAUUGGUUUGAAUAUUUGGCAGCUCCAUUGGCGCCAAAUCACUGUUAUCUGGAUCAGUAUAUAAAACUGAUUCAAGCAUAAUUCAAGGGUAUGAAUGAAUACAAUUGGAAUAUUUCUGAUU